UACGGAAGGGCGAGUCCCACCCCUGGCAGAAGAGUCGUGGCGGGACCGCCGAGGCGCAGGCAGGCGCGAGCUGGAGCCCGACAGAAUUCCUGCCCAUUGGCGUUUGUUUUCUUCAUUUCAAAGACGUGUUCUUGAGAGGAAGCGCCAUGUCGUGGAUAAGAGAAGGCGAAUUGUCCCUAUUGGAGAGGUUCUGUGCUAGCGUAAUAAAGGCAGGGCCAAUGCCCAAGCACAUUGCAUUCAUCAUGGAUGGCAAUCGUCGUUAUGCUCAGAAGCAUCAAGUGAAGAAGCUGGAAGGACAUUCACAGGGUUUUGCAAAACUAACACAGACAUUACAAUGGUGCUUGAGUCUGGGUGUCCGGGAAGUCACAGUUUAUGCUUUUAGCAUUGAGAAUUUCAAGCGAUCUCAAGAAGAAGUUGAGGGCUUGAUGCAAUUGGCUAGGCAAAAAUUCAUCCGUCUUCUUGAAGAACAAGAGAACUUGGAGAAACAUGGUGUGUGUAUUCGAGUUCUUGGCGAUGUGUCCCUUCUGCCUCAGGAUAUCCAGGAACUGAUUGCUAAGGUUGUGCUGGCAACUAAGCAUUAUAACACGUGUUUCUUGAACAUUGGCUUUGCAUACACAUCAAGACAGGAGAUCAGUAAUGCAGUGAAAGAGUUGGCUUGGGGCGUCGAAGAAGGACUGCUUCAACCCAGUGAUGUGUCAGAAUCGCUCAUCGACAAAUGCCUUUACUCCUGCAAAUCUCCUCAUCCAGACAUUCUGAUCAGAACAUCUGGAGAAGUUCGACUUAGUGAUUUUAUGCUCUGGCAGACAUCCCAUUCUUGCCUCGUGUUUCAAAGUGUUCUGUGGCCAGAUUAUUCGUUCUGGAAUUUAUGUGAGGCCAUCCUUCGAUUUCAGAUGAACUACAAUGCAUUACAAAAAGCCAGAGAUUUAUACAUGGAACAAAGGAAGUGGCAACAGUUAGAAACUGAUAAGGCACAAGUCUUACAGAAAUUGAAGAAUGAAGAAUCUGCAACCUGUGGAGAUACUCAAAAAUGCGGGACACUUUUGCGAGAAUUCAAAGCUAAACGGGAAGAGAGGAUUCAAAGGUUUUUGCAGGCUCUUGAACACAAAAGGAUAGACUUCCUAGAAAAACUGGCAUUGGCAGCUGCAAGAUAAGAAGGUUCCUCUUGGGGAUAGGGGAGAGAAGAGAGGGAAAAAUGAGCCAAGUUGCAAAUAGUCCAAUUGCUGCCCAGUGGAUGACAUGAAAUGGGAUCCUAGGUUUAUUCUAUGUGCACAUGCACAUGACUGGGGACCAUGACACUUGAAGUGUAUGUUUACCAAAUUUAAUGAAACAAAACGUAUUUGUGUAGAGCUAACAAAUGAAAAGAAUAGCAUCAAAUAUUUCUAGGUGUGAAAGUCUGCGCAUGCUGGGGGGCUUUGCUCCAUAUUCUCCAAACUGCAGUUUUUCUCUUCCACAAUUCAAAGACUUACCAGAAUCCUGAAAAACUGCCUGCACUGGAAUGCAGAGAUGCUGCAUCUGAGGAGAUUAGAGAAAAACCCCAUUGCAUGCAUGCGCCCAAGCAGAUUUAUUGUGGAAUAAAUUAAAUGUUUAUUCUUUUCUUUGUUGCCUCGAUUUUUAAGACCAGCUGUUUCUGGACCAUUUGUUUUUCCAUUCUUGGUACCAGCUUAUGAUAUAGGAUUGUACCUAAGUUUCACAGGAACAUACGUUGUUCCUCUGACUUUAGGAAAAUGUCAUCCUCCAGGUUAACUCUAUAUAUCCUUCUGGACUAUAGAAACGUGUUGGGUACAACAGAACUUCAAGGUGUUUUUGAUGCAGUAUCUUCAAAUGGGUUUGAGAAGGUGCUGCUUUGGAUAGCAGUACAAAAUGUCCUUUUACACAAAAGUGCAGCAUGUUGUAAACUGUGAAAAAGAUAAAGGGCAUCAACUAUAAAUACAUUUUAUUUUCCAAAAGAAGCCAACAAUUAUUUCAUGUUGCUUUUCAAAGACUAAAUGAGAGUAUGAUUGUAUUAUUCUAAAGCACUUAAGUUUGAAAUUCUGAAGGAUGAACCAGUUGUCAAGCCUAUUGAUAUUUAACAACCUGCUGGAACCAUUUUUUUAAAAUAAAACUUAUACAAGGGGGAAAU